AUGUACCUUUACAAGCACGUGAACGGAUUUUAUCCCUACUUGUAUCCAACCAAUUUUUUGCUGGGAUGCUUAAAUUUCAACUCCCUUGAAGUACGACGUUCGCGCGAUCAGAUGACUGUAGUAUUUAAAAUACUUAGAGGGAUUAUUGAUGAUCCUGAACUGCACAAUGAUAUAUGCAACAUGUUUGUCCCAGACAAUUACUGUCGUGGCAGAAGGCAUCGGCUGUUGGUGGUUUCGACCAGCCGAACUAUUGCUCACUCCAAGUCACCUAUUCCUCGGACAGUAGCGGCUAAUAACGCCCUCCUGAACUCAAACACUGAUCUCGAUGUGUUUGUGGAUGACUGGAAGACGAUACUGUGA